AAGUUCCCCAUCUGAGCUCUAUCCAGGGCCGUUGGUGCCUGCCGGCCACGGCCGCCAGUUCCAGAUGUUUCUUGGACUGGCCACAUCUGCAUGGCAAGUCCCAGCGCUGUGGAGGAGGCGUUGCUAGGAAAUGAAGCUGCGGGUUGCCUGGGAACGGAGGACAGUCUCCACCAGGCAAUCUGACACCUGUCAAGAAUGCUGAUGUCAGAGCAGCUUCUGCAGAGGCAGCCAUGGCAACCCACUGAGGGUGAAGGGACGUGCUCUGCUCAGGAGCUGGUGCAAGAGCUUCCCUUUCUCUAGCGCACACGCCUUGCAUGUGAAUCCUUCGGGGGCUGGGCAGGGGAGGAACGGGACCCUCUAAAGUUGCAAGCAGAGGGAAAUGCAUUUGCCCACUCCUGAUUGGCAGCACCAGGGCCUGCCCCCUGCCUGCGGGGAGCCCCCGGCUGCUCCAGGGCAUGAGCCAGCUUCCCCAUGCUCAGAGUGCAGGCUCAGGGUUUUACAGAGAGGGAGGUCCCACUGCGGUCCGGCAUGAAACGGCGCACGCCUCCUCCAGGAAGGUGAACUUGUCCUGCUGUAGGCAGCUCCCUGGCCCCUCCGCUCUGCCUUGGGGUCACUGGGACCCUGGCCCCCCGCCGGAGCCGGGCUCAGCGCUCUGCAGUGUCAUCCCCGGGCGGCUUUCUCUCUCUCUGCAGAUGUCUGAUUACAAACGAGCUACGUUGCAGGAUGACGAGGGAGUGGAUGCGGCUGGAGAUGGAAGCGCCUCUCCUGAUAGCGUGGAGGUGGGGUUCAGGAAAGGGGCCGUGCCCUUGCUGAGCCGCCUGGGGUCACGGAGCCAGCUGGAGCUGGUUCUCUGCGCCAUCUGCCUCGUCACGGCUCUGCUGCUGCUGGGCUCUAUGAUUGCUCUGGGCAUCCAGUACAGCAAAGACCCUUCCCACAGCACAUGCCUCACAGAAGCCUGCAUCACCGUGGCCAGUAAGAUCUUGGAGGCCCUGGACCGGGAGACCAGUCCCUGCGAGGACUUCUACCAGUACUCCUGCGGGGGCUGGAUAAAACGGAACCCGUUGCCCGACGGGCGUUCCAAAUGGAGCACAUUCAACAGCAUCUGGGACCAGAACCAGGCCAUCAUGAAACACCUCUUAGAGAAUGCCACCUUCAACUCCAGCAGUGAGGCGGAGAGGAAGACCCAGCGCUACUACCUGUCCUGCCUGAAGGAGCAGAAGAUUGGGGAGCUGGGCUCCCAGCCACUGAUGGACCUUAUUGAGAAGAUCGGCGGGUGGAAUAUUACUGGGCCCUGGAACCAGAGCAACUUCAUGGAGGUUCUGAAGAUGGUGUCGGGGACCUACCGAGCCUCCCCCUUUUUCACUGUCUAUGUGGGCGCCGACUCCAAGAGUUCCAACAGCAACAUCAUUCAGGUGGAUCAAUCAGGCCUUUUCCUCCCCUCCCGGGAUUACUACCUGAACAAGACAGCCAAUGAGAAGGUGCUGGCUGCUUACCUGGACUACAUGGUGGAGCUGGGGAUGCUGCUGGGUGGGAUGAGGGUCUCCACCCAGGAGCAGAUGGAGCAGGUGCUGGAGUUUGAGACUCUGCUGGCUAAUAUCACCGUCCCCCAGGACGAGAGGCGGGAUGAUGAGAAGAUCUAUCACAAGCUGAGCAUUGCAGAGCUGCAGGCUCUGGCCCCUGCCAUCGACUGGCUGGAUUACAUGGCCUACACCCUGUCCCCGGUGGAGCUGAGCGAGGCGGAGCCCGUGGUGGUGUACGGCCGUGAGUACCUGCAGCAGGUGUCUGAGCUCAUCAACAGCACAGACAGAAGCAUUUUGAAUAAUUACAUGAUCUGGAACCUGGUUCAGAAAACUGCCUCAAGCCUGGACCAGCGAUUCGAGACAGCCCAGGAGAAGCUGCUGGAGACCCUCUAUGGUACCAAGAAGUCCUGCACCCCUCGCUGGCAGACCUGCAUCUCCAACACGGACGACACGCUGGGCUUCGCCCUGGGCUCCUUGUUUGUGAAAGCCACCUUCGACAAGGACAGCAAGGAGAUUGCUGAGGAGAUGAUCAGUGAGAUCCGGACGGCCUUUGAGGAAUCCCUGGACCAGCUUGACUGGAUGGACAAGACAACGAGACAGGCCGCUAAGGAGAAGGCAGACGCCAUUUACGACAUGAUCGGCUUCCCAGACUUCAUCCUUGACAACAAGGAGCUGGACGACGUCUAUGACGGGUACGAAGUCUCUGAAGACUCCUUUUUCCAGAACAUGCUGAACUUCUACAAUUUCUCUGCCAAGGUCAUGGCUGACCAGCUACGGAAACCCCCCAACCGGGACCAGUGGAGCAUGACCCCACAGACUGUCAAUGCCUAUUACCUACCCACCAAGAACGGGAUCGUCUUCCCCGCGGGGAUCCUGCAGGCUCCUUUCUACGCCCGCAACCACCCCAAGGCCCUCAACUUCGGCGGCAUCGGGGUAGUGAUGGGACAUGAGCUCACGCACGCGUUCGAUGACCAAGGCCGAGAGUACGACAAGGAGGGAAAUCUGCGUCCCUGGUGGCAGAACUCCUCCCUGGAGGCCUUUAAGAACCGGACCGAGUGCAUGAUGGAGCAGUACAACAAGUACAUGGUGAAUGGGGAGCACGUCAACGGCAAGCAGACCCUGGGCGAGAACAUUGCCGACAACGGGGGCCUGAAGACAGCAUACAAUGCCUACAAAGCCUGGCUGCAGAAGAACGGGGAGGAGAUGCACCUGCCUGCCGUGGGGCUCACCAACAACCAGCUCUUCUUUGUAGGGUUCGCACAGGUGUGGUGCUCCGUGCGCACGCCAGAGAGCUCCCACGAGGGGCUGGUCACCGAUCCACACAGUCCAGACAAGUUCCGGGUCAUCGGCACCCUCAGCAACUCCAGGGAUUUUGUGGAGCACUUUAAGUGCCCGGUGGGCUCGCCCAUGAACCCCGGCAAACACUGCGAGGUGUGGUAGAGAGGGGCCGGCAGGCGCGCAGCCAGGGAACGGGACAGUGACGCUGUACAUACACAACCAACCAAUUUCCCCAGGAUGCAGGCAGCCAGGAGCACCCAUGUAGAGCCCCAGAGCCAUGUCCCCUGCCCCUUCUAUGGGGACACGUGGGGUAUCUCAAGGAGCAGUCAGUGGCCUCAGCUGUUGUGGCUUGUCCCGUGCAGGCUGCAGGCUCCUCCGACCAGACAGAGGCCCAGGAGGGAGUGUAGGAGCCUUAUCCUGCACUUCCUGCUGGGUGGAGCCUGGGACUCAGCUCAUCUGCUUUGGUCAGCCCCUGCACAAUUGACCCUACCUGCCUUAUCAGCCCCUGCCACCACUGCCCGCCUUCUCGUCGCAAGGAGUGCCAGCCCAGGGUCUCCUGCCUGAGUCCCGCUCCAACCAAUCACCCGGCUCCCCCAGCCCCACAACCGGGGGUCAGCGGGACUUGCCCACCCAACCAGACCACAGGGUGAGACUACCUUUGCUGGCUCACUUUGGCCAACACCAGCUUUUUCCUUGCAGACCUGUGAGUCUAGCCUGGGUGCAGCUCCUCCAACUAGGGCAAUGCUGCGAGUUGCGGGGCAGACAGGGCCUGGGCGAUCUAACUGCUGUGACACCCCCUCUGCUAGAGCAGGUUCAUGGCACGGUUAAUACCACUGUCGUUCUGCAAUGACCCCAGCAGGGGGCAGCACCGGCACCGUAGCAAGGAAGAGGAUGGGAUCUGAAUUAAAACGCUGGAGUAAAGGCCAGUUAAAAGAGCAUUGGGUGGGAUGGGGCAGAGCAUCCUGGAGAUGGGCACGUCUGGGGUGGGAGGGAUGACAGCCCAGUGCUCCCGUUGCCAGGUUGGGGUGCAGGGAGAUAGAACACGGCACAAAGGGCAGCUGUGCAGCUUCCCCUACCGCCAAUGGGCACGGGGAGGUGGGGCAUUAUCUCUGUCGGAAGGGCAGCAGUGCAGCGCCCUCUAGUGUCAGGCUGGCAGGUGGAGAACGUCCACAAGCAUUUUUUUAUCUUUUUAAACUAAAUGGAACAGCAGCAGUUAAUGCCCUGAGGAUCUCUGCUGACUAGGGGACCUUCCCUGGGAUUAGCCCUGAAACAAGCCGCUUGUUCUAUACCAACUCCAAUCCCUUCCCAGCUUCCCUCUAGUAACCCAGCUGUAUGCCAGGGCAGGCUUUUUCUGGGUCGUUUGAGGGGGAUCGGACAAGGCAUCCGAGGCUGGGAGCUUCAGAAGGUGAGCUGCUCUUGCUUCCAGGGCAUCGUCUUAACUUAGGCUCAUUGUAAUCCAAAACCAGCUUGGCUUAGAAACUCCCCAUUUGCUUUAAUAGAUUGGUCAGGGUGGGGAUUGGUGCCUUGGACUAGCUUUGGGUGGUCAUCAAUGGAUUUAUUUAACAAUUAAAAGCAGUUUCCACUUUCA